AUGGAUCCCUUCGAGAAACCUCAGUUUAAUGGUCGGGUAUUCGAAAACCCCAGGUCUUUCUCCAACUGGAAGGGUCUCCCUGGCCUCAGGGAACUCUUCAGGUGGAAGUUUGUCGAAAGAAACGAGUCCCAUUUACCUAGUCAAACCGUCCUUGAUCAUUCCUUGCCAGUUGUCACUCCCCAAUUCGACCUAAAAUCAAAGUUAUCAGCUACGUGGCUGGGUCACGCUACACUUUUUGUACAUCUAGAAGGCAUUAACUUCAUCACAGACCCUGUUUGGGCAUCUAGGGCGUCACCGUUCAGUUGUGUGGGGCCAGUCAGGUACCGUCCGCCACCAUGUGAGAUCGACAAUUUGCCAGCAGUAAGUGAGAUAUGUCAGAGUUACAUUGAAAAGAUAAUCAAAAGAACUAAAUUUUAGUACAAAAAACGAAAAACAUCAUUUGAAUAGUAUUCAAUAAUAAGAAUAUACGAGAAUUUGUUGUAACCUAACUUAAUUUAAGCUAAAUUUUGGUGUUAUAUCACACAAUCACUACGACCACCUUGACGCAGAUGCCGUUAGCACGUUAUCAGCCAAGUUUCCUGAUAUGGAAUGGUUUGUGCCUAAAGGAUUAAGCGAUUGGAUGCGGCGACAUGUCAGCAACAACGUCAUCCACGAAAUGACAUGGUAAAUAGUAGUUAAUCGCAAAUCAUCAGAAAAAAAUUAAUUUUUUUACAUAAUGCUAUAACAUAGAAACGUGCUUCGUAAAAAAGAAGUCCUAUAUUAUAUUCAGGUAUAUAAGGUGAGACCAACAAACAUGAUUUCAGGGGAGAAAGUGUAACACUAGCCCUGAACGAUGGCAAGUAUCAAAUAUGGUGUGUUCCAGCACAGCACUGGAGCAGUCGGAACCUGUUUGACAAAAACAAGUCAUUAUGGUCAGGGUGGGCUAUAAUCGGGAACGAAAGGAAGUUCUACUUUGCUGGAGACACUGGAUUCUGUGAGACCGAAUUUGCAAAAAUAGGCAACAACCUAGGGCCUUUUGAUCUUGCCGCCAUCCCUAUUGGUGCUUAUGCUCCUAGGUAUGUUAUCGCAAAUAAGCCAAUAAUAUACGUAUUAUCUAUAAUAUCCUAAAUUUCUCUCAAUACCCUCAACGUGUUUUAUAUUAACUUUUUGGACUCAACCUUGUUUUAGGUGGUUCAUGAAAUCACAACAUAUCGACCCAGAAGAAGCGGUUAAAAUACACAAACUGGUCAAAGCUGUAACAACGAUAGGAAUACAUUGGGGAACCUACAAGAUGGGGUCCACCGAGGUAAUCUUUUAAUAAUAACAAAAUACGGUCAAGUAUAAUACAGGUUUCAAACUAUUAUAAACCACAAAGCAAUGAUUAAGCCUAAUAUUUUUAAGAGCUACCUAGAGCCCCGAUCCAAGUUACGUCAAGGAGUGGAGAAACUACGUCUAUCUUCCACAUCCGUGAUAACGUUGGGUCACGGUGAGACGUGGGUUGAAGACCCCACUUCUCGAUACUCAUCAGUCUCGUCCAUCAGCUCAACAACAACUUAA